AUGACGCAGUUCUCACGGAAUGCACCUCCGGCCGGUUGUUUGCUGGUCGGUGGUGCGAUAGUGCUUUUUGCGUGUGCCAUCCUGCCGGGAGCUGGACAGUUCUAUACGACACGCGAUCCACGGUGGUACUCGCGGGAGGGUGAUUUUAACUACAAGAUUCCCAAUCCGGGUGAUCCAGACUACCGAACAUACACCUACAAUAACCGCCGGUACGGGUACUACCAGCCAAAUGGUUACGGGCAACAGUAUCCGGGUCAAAGCCUCCCAGGCCAAUACCCAACCAACACCGGGCUCGGUGACGAUCGCUUCAAGUACGACCCGGCGAAUCCAACCCUUGCUCAAACACCAUUCCCGGGUGUGCUCGGAGGCUGGCGUGAAGAUCUGCAGGGUAAACUACGCCGUGAUUCGAUGCAGCUCGAUCGUGACGUAUUCGUGACGACAAACUACGGCCAGGUGCAGGGUUUCAUGGUGUACCUGUACGACAACCCGGACCCGAAGAACCUCUACCGGCCGUGGCACAGCAACGUCGAUCGCAUCAUGGGUAAAUGUUCGACGUUUUUAGGCAUCCCAUACGCACUUCCACCCACCCACGAAGGUCGUUUUAAACCACCCCGACAACAUCGCGGAUGGCAGCUUGUUCAAGCCGUCGAUUAUGGUCCAGCGUGUCCACAACCGGUACAGUACACCGGUGCCACCAAGGGCAUCCGUGAUAUGGAUGAGGACUGUCUGUAUCUCAACAUCUUCUCACCCAAUACGCAAGCGGGCGUGGCUCAACGUUACCCCGUGAUGGUGUACAUUCAUGGUGGUGAGUUUGUGCGUGGUGCAUCGAACAACUUCCCGGGGCACACGUUGGCGGCGUUCUACGAUGUCGUCGUCGUCACCUUUAACUACCGGCUUGGGGCGCUCGGAUUCCUCUCGACGGGUGAUGAAAACUCGCCCGGUAAUUAUGGUAUCCUCGAUCAGAUCAUGGCCGUACGGUGGGUGUAUGAAAACAUCGAGUCGUUCAAUGGUGAUCGUAACUCGAUCACGCUGUUUGGACCGGGUGCAGGUGGUGCUUCCGCUGGUCUGCUGAUGGUGGCUCCUCAAACCAAGGACAUUGUGACGCGCGUUAUUGGACAGUCGGGUUCCGCUUUGGCCGAUUGGGCGCUGAUCGUGGAUAAGUGGCGUGCGCAAAACACGAGCAGGGUGUUCGCACAGAACGUCGGUUGCUCGAUCGAGACGUCCUGGAAGAUGGUGAAUUGCAUGCGAAUCGGUCGCAGUUCGUACGAGCUGGGAAAUGCCGAGUUUCCACCUCAUGUGGGUCUGUUCCCGUGGGGUCCGGUGUUGGAGAACAAUUUCACUUUCCCGGGUGAUAGCUGGUAUGAAGGGUGGAACGAGCGCGAUUGGCAUUUUCUCAGUGAAACGCCGGAAACUCUGAUCCGUCGGCGUCAUUUCAACCGCGGGCUGCAUUAUAUGAGCGGCGUGACACUCCAGGAGGCGGCAUUCGUGAUCACGAGCAAUAAAUCGCUCGCACCGUACUUUGAGAUCGAUGAGCGAUUUUUCGACCAGAAGGUGCGUGAGCUCGUCCUUCGGUACAACUACACGCUUAACCUGAACGGGACGUACGAGGCGAUCAAGUACAUGUACACCUACUGGCCGGAUCCGAAGAACACCACCUUCAUCCGGGAGCAGUACAUAAAUCUGCUUUCGGAUUUCCUCUAUCGAGCGCCGACGGACAAGCUGAUCAAGCUGUUGGUAGAACAGAAUGUGCCCGUGUACAGCUACGUAAUGAACACCACCAUCGAGGGUCUUAAGCUGGCUGAAUGGAACAAGGUUCCUCACGACAUCGAGCACUAUCUGCUCGCAGGUGCGCCAUUUAUGGACGUGGAGUUUUUCCCGCGACGUGAACGCUUCGAUCGACUCAUGUGGACGGACAAUGAUCGCAAUAUGAGUCACUUCUUCAUGAAGACGUACUCGGAUUUCGCGCGCUACGGCAACCCAACACCGACGCAGGUUCUUGGCCUGUACUUUGAGAAAGCGCGCAACGGUGAGCUAAAGUACCUGAAUUUGAACACGACGUACAAUUCUACGAUCCGGAUGAACUACCGCCAGACGGAGAGCGCAUUCUGGAUGGAGUAUCUACCAACGGUUGUCGGAGUGCUAAUUCCGACCUACCCACCAACGACGGAGUUCUGGUGGGAACCGAAGGAACCACUGCAGAUAGCGUUCUGGAGUUUAGCGGCCGCUUGUCUCAUCCUAAUGGUGCUCGUAGUCGUGUGCUGCAUUAUGUGGCGAAACGCGAAAAGAGAGUCCGAUCGGUUGUACGACGAAGCCGUCUUUGGCAUGGACAAUCCCGAAUCCGAACGUGACACGGUGAUGGAAAACAACAUCCUGCAGGCGCAACCACUGCGUGGCCAACCGGGCAACAUCUACGAGUAUCGCGAUUCACCAUCCAAGUACAGCAAGAUGCCACCUGAUGCGAGCUCGGUCCGGUCUCCUAGCAGUCUCGGUAUGACGCAGGUGACGGGCAAGAGUGGGCUUACCGGAAGCCAGAGCUCAUUACGCAGUGCCAUCUCGAUGAAGGAAGCGACUUCGAUUUCACCGCCACCCUCGAAGGAAUCUAACUUCGAUCGUAACAUCAAGUACGCGGGUCAAGAAGUGCAAGAGCGUAACGGAAAGUUUCCUCGAUCGGAUUCGAAGAACUUGCUGGCAACGAACGGGUCAGAGCUGGCACGAUCGCAACGUGAUCUUGGUGGUGCUACUUCACCGAUGAGCGAAACGUCCAUCACGGCCGGUAGUGUGCUGGGUCGGUCUCAGCAACCUACACCGGUUCCGUCGAGUCGUGGCGGAACGAAAAGCAACAACGCUAGCCGGACGAACCUCAUCGAGGGCAUCCCUCAAACGGCGGUGUAG